UACUCAAUAAUUGCUUUUUUAUAAGACUAAAAAUAAAAAAAUAAUCAGUAACAUCCAAUAGCACAACAUACGGUAGUAGUGAGAUGAUAAUUCGAGGUUGACAGACAAGAUUCUGUCAUGGCAAACCACUAUUAACAAUUUGAAUCAAAGUGCGAAAUGAUUUUGAAAUAUCAACAAGACUGAUUUUGUAUUACUAACGAAAAUGGCAGCGCUGAUGCUAGCAUUUGUUUUAUUAUGUACAUUUCUGUAUUAUUCAUUCUUCAUCAAACCUAUGAACUAUUGGAAAGAGAAGAAAGUGUUUCAUUUGAGUGCGCUGGGAAGUUUUCUGAGGACGGUGUUCAGUGGGAAAUCGUUUUUUGACGCCACGCUAGAUUUGUACAGGAAAUAUCCUAGUAGAAGGUAUUUCGGAAAUUAUACUUUACUCAAACCGACACUUUUCGUCAGAGACCUCGACCUCAUCAAAGCAAUCACCAUCAAGGACUUCGAGCACUUUACAGACCACUUCACCUUCUUCCAAUCAGAUCCUAUUCUAGGUAACAAUUUGUUCGAGUUGCAAGGAGAGAGAUGGAAAGACAUGAGAUCAACUUUGUCACCGGCCUUUACCAGCGCAAAGAUGAAGGGAAUGUACGCUUUUAUAGAAGAAACGGCUGAAAACUUUACCAAACAUCUUUAUGACAUGAACACUGAAGAAAUAGAGCUCAAAAAAGAGUUUACUAUGUUCUCGAACGAUGUCAUUGCCACGUGCGCUUUUGGAAUUAAUUGUGACAGUUUCAAUAACGAAAAUAACGAUUUUUUUUCAAUGGGAACCGAACUUAUUACGCCCAGUCCAAGAAGAAAAUUGAGAAUGUUUUUCUCAUUGAUGUUUCCAAAAAUUUUUAAAGCCAUUGGAAUACCUAUUAUUUCCCAGAAUAUCUUAAAUUUCUUCAAACAGAUAGUAAUAGAAAAUAUGGAAACCAGAGAAAAACACAAUAUAUUUCGGCCCGACAUGAUUCACCUUCUUAUGGAAGCUAAGAAGGGUAGGCUUAAAGUUGAAACAAACAAAGUAGAUCAAGACGACGGAUAUGCAGUAGUCCAAGAAUCAACCAUACAAAAAUCUAUCAGAAAAAUGGAAAUUACAGAUAAUAUCAUAGCAGCUCAAGCUAUAUUAUUCGUAAUAGGAGGUUUGGAUACCAAUUCCACCACUCUAGCUUUAAUGUCACAUCAGUUGGCGAUCCACCAAGAUAUUCAACGAAGGCUUCAACAAGAAGUAGAUGAGGUCUUCAAGCAAUGUGACGGAAAAUUAACGUACGAAGAGGUGUUGAAGAUGAAAUAUCUAGAUCAAGUUAUUUCUGAAGUAUUACGAAGAUAUCCUUUGGGAUACGCCAUAAUGCGCAAAUGCGUGAAAGAUUACAAAAUAGAAUCGUUCAAACGAAGCGAGUCUACCUUCAUUCUGGAAAAAGGAGCUUCGGUGACUAUUCCCAUCGUUGGAAUACAUAUGGAUCCCUUCCUGUUUCCAAAUCCAGAAAAAUUUGAUCCAGAGAGAUUCAGUGACGAAAACAAGAAGCUUAUCAUACCUGGUAGUUAUAUGCCAUUCGGGAGUGGCCCCCGAAAUUGUAUAGGUUCCAGAUUUGCUCUUUUAGAAUGUAAGACUGUAAUGGUACAUCUUUUAAGGAAAUUUGACAUUGUACCAACGAAAAAUACUAGGAACCCCUUACGUUUCAAAAAAAAUAUAACAGUGUCGAGCAAGGACGGAUUUUGGUUAGGUCUCAGAAAAAGGAAGCCAUAAUUUUUGUAUCAUAUUGCUAAGCUUAAUAAUAAAGUUUGAAUUUUUAUAUUUGCUUAA